UCCUGCUGUAACCCACAAAAUGCAAAAUGUUCACCAGAGCCCAAAAACUUUUGAAAAAUUUGAAAAAAAAUCAUAUCUCCUAAACUAUUACGCCUAUAAAUAUGAUUUUUAUAACCAAAAUGUAUUUUUUGAUUAUCUAUCAAGUCAAAUACCUAAAACUUACUAGAAGUUAAUUUAAGCCUAUGUUUGUGUGGGUUACAGCAAUCGCACUUUUUUUUCUGUUACACAAAGUUGCUGUAAAUGAAGCAGGUAAAUGUAUGGGCCACUCAAAAUCAAGUACUUUAUUUAUACGCAAAAUUGCUGUAAUUCACUUAUAAUAACUAUUCCUAUAUAGCAAUUUUGAUGUAAAUGUCAUAAGUCUGUGUUAGCUGGUGCACUUAAUUGUCUUAACUAACAGAAGUUGUGAAAUGAUAAUAAAAUUAAAAUGAUGUAAGUAUGGAAUGACAUUUAUAUGAAGUCAUUUUAAAAUGUUAAAGAACAUAAACCCACUAAUAAAUAGCUAAAUUAUGAAAUUAAAAAUUACCAUCUUGUAUACACCUAAGCAACAAUAGUGUACUCCGACCGCUUAAAGCACGGGAAAUACUACCUGUAGCGUGCUAUACUAUUUAACAGGUAAAAUGUCGCCCACAUCAACUCCAAGUCACAUCAAAUGCAUCACAGCAAUCCUCAUAGUCAGCUUGCACAUUGCAAUAGCAAUACCAGCCAAAAACAUCGCGAGACCUGUCAUAGAAGUCAUAAAUGAACAAGCCAGGAUAGAUGAGAAAGUCAGACCACCAGGGUUCCUUCCUUAUGGGAAUCCUUUAGCUGGUAACUCAAAGCAAAAUGCCAGAUUACAUGCCCAAAACCAACAAGCUAUGUUUAACGCUGAGAGAGUUAGACAACACAGAGCCCAACUCCAAAGAUGGACUAAGGCUCCACAACAAGAAGACAGCUACAUGAAAGCUUACCAUGAAUCUCAGGAGAAUCACCAGCUAGCCUUAGAAAAACAACAGGCUGACAAUGAGAGAAAGCAACAAAUAAGAGAAGCAAAAGCUGUAACUGCAGCACCUAAACUUCGUCAAAUACAAGUCAAAAGAGGCCCGAAACCGAAACAACCUGACGUUGAAAAGAUAACCAAAGCCGAUGCGAUCAUCAGGACUGAUAGAGUCAGAAGCAGAGAAGAUUUUAAGACAGGAAUAAGGAACCACAGAUCGUACGGUUCUGCUGAUUACAGGCAGUAUUUACAGCCUAAGAAGUACCAAACAGUCUAUGUAUCUCCCGGACCGACUUAUGAUCAAGGCGUCACAAUCAAGCCUAAUGGAAAUGUUGGAUUAGCUGCUUUAAAGCACGCCCAAAUGCAAGAAGACAACAAAUUGUACACAGCGGCAAUACCUAGCAAAACUCAGUAUGUAUACCCAAAACAAUACCAUCAAAUGCAAAGCUACCAGUCUGCAUAUGACAUUGACACACUAAAUUCCUUACUAAAGAAGAAUCCUACUGACCAACUGAGUGAGCUUAACGCUUUACUAGGUAAACAGAACAGUGAAACUGAAAAAGAUCCUCUAAACACUCCUAUAGAUUUAUAUUUUUAUCUUAAAGACACUCCAGAGGCGUUACCUCAACAUUAUGACCAAACAAAAUACGCGCAAGUAGCUCCAAAUUACGCCAGUGCUUACACGCAUGAAAACAAAGACCACACUCCAAUCACUGAAGAAGUAGAUGACAUUGAAGAUCCAAACAACCACAGACCAAAAACUUACCAACUACAAGUUGUAACACCUACACAAGCACCCGAAGAACAUAUUGAAACAACUACAACUAAAAGUAAUAAUUACUACAAAGUAGAAGUUGCUAGUCAAACCAUAAGCGCUCCUUAUAAAAGUAAACCUAGUUACUAUUACAAAGGAGAGGAGAAACCUGAAUAUCUAACAUCGUAUUAUAAUCAACCUUAUCAGAGUUAUGUAAAGGACCCUAAGCUAGAAGGUGAUUUAAGUGAAAGAUAUCUGCAUCACAAUGCUGAACAUAAGGGCAUUCAACAUUUAAGCGAAGAUGGAAGUGGCGUUUCUGCUUAUGGAAAUGAUGAUCUCCAUUACGCGGCAAACUACGAAUUCGGAUACAGAGUGAAAGACUACCACAGUGGCAACGACUUCGGUCACCACGAAGCCAAGAGUGGAGGGAAUACGAAUGGCCAUUACCACGUUUUAUUACCUGAUGGAAGAAUGCAGAAGGUGAAGUAUUCAGCAGGCCCCGAAGGUUUCCACGCAGACAUUUCUUAUGACCAUCUCCACUGACCACUGUUGCGUUGAAUUAUCUCUACUUACUUUUAAAAUUAAAUUAUUACUUUUUAAAUUUUUU